AGGAAACCUACUGGAGGGACUGAACAGGAAGGAAGCAGAUUUUGCCAACAAUGUCAGUGCUGAACUCAGACUGGCCCCACAAAGGGGAAAGCCCCAUCCUCAGGGAGCCAGACCCACCAGCCAACUCAGACAGUGACUCAGACCACCUGCCAGAGAAAGACCCAGAGGACAUCUCUGCUCAGGGUCCUGCGGUUCUGAGCUUGGGGCCCCCUCAUCGGGACACCAGCACAGCUCCUAGCUGGCCUGAACUUCGGCUCCUCCUGCAACAGCUCCCUCCACAGGACAGUGAUGAGCGCUACUGCCUGGCCCUUGGGGAGGAGGAGCUAGCAGAGCUGCGGCUCUUCUGUGCCCAGCGGAGUCGGGAGGCCCUGGGACAGGGAGUGGCCCGCCUGCUGCCUCCGAAGCUGGAAGGACGCACCUGUGAGAAGUGCAGGCAGCGCCUGAAGCCUGGAGAGUAUGGGGUGUUUGCAGCCCACGCUGGGGAGUGACGCUGCUGGCACCGGCCCUGCUUUGCCUGUCAGGCCUGUGGCCAGGCCCUGAUAAACCUCAUCUACUUCUACCACGAUGGGCAUCUCUACUGCGGUCGUCAUCACGCUGAGCUGCUGCGGCCACGCUGCCCGGCUUGCGACCAGCUGAUCUUCUCCCGGCGCUGCACCGAGGCAGAGGGGCGGCGCUGGCACGAGAACCACUUCUGUUGCCUGGACUGCGCCGGACCCUUGGGUGGGGGACGUUAUGCCCUGCCGGGGGGUGGCCCCUGUUGCUCCAGCUGCUUCGAGAACCGCUACUCUGAUGCGGACUCGAACCCGACCCGGGCGCUGGAGGGAAAGGCGCCUCUCGCUAAGGGAGAAGAGGGGAUGAAGCUCGACCGCAAUGAAGGAGGGGACCGCGCCUCACUGAACGCCGUGGCCAACUCCCAAGCAGGCCUUUUCGCAGCUGCCGCCAACUCCUGCCCGAACACUCAGAGGCGGUGUCUUGGACCCAGCCUUGAGGAAGCGUGCCGAGCUGGGGACCCGAGCUCCGGGUGGACGCAAGGCUACCCGGAGACGCCCUCUGAUCCCAAGGAGGACACCCCCUGCCCCACCUGCUCCUCCUCUUCUGACUCCGAACCCGACGACUUUUUCUUAGGCCAGCGCCUUCCGCGGCCAGGAAAGAUCCCUGGCAGCCUCCAAGCUGGGGACAGCGACGCCUCCGGAAAGCCGUGCAUUAUUUGCUAA